AUGUGGGGAGCAAUUCGGCUCUCGGGAGGUCAUCGGAGCAUCGAAGCCAACCGUGCAGCGACUGAGGCUUUACAUCAGGCCCCGGCUGCACGAGCUCGCCUGUUGACGGGGAAGGAGAAGGAUGUCGUCCCUACGAUCCCUUGUGGUUUUGAGCAGUUAUACUCAGAGAAACAGAAUUCUCAGAAUCCAAGGAUCAGUCAUAGGAUGGAGCCCAAGGACUCUGCUCGUGAUGCUGAUUUCUUCUGGCACUUCUCCAAACACAACCGUGCUAAGCUUUCAUCCUGGCUACAA